AUGUAUCAGCUAUGCAGUAAGCUUUUUAAGCAUAAGGUGGUUGAGUUAUGUAGUGAAAAAGGGAUAGUGAUGCCUGCUGCACAGAGGAAUUUGGGCAAAAAACCAUCUGAUGAUGUUGUCCAUGUGACGAUUGACUUUGUAGGCUUUUUAGGAGUUGUUGUUACAAGGACUGGAGCAGAAGUGAGUCCAUUAGAGACUGUUUGGGUUGAAAUUUUGGGUUUUGUGUCUUGGCUAACAGUGUCUUGCCCACAUAAUGGAGGUGAAAUGGAAUGCAUAUAUAGUGAUGCUUGUCCUGAGUUAACUGAUGCGAGGCAAAAGGCUUCCAAAAGAGCUAUUCAUUACUUGGUGACUAAGUAUAAUCUAGAGAUCAUUGAUGCUAAUUAUGGUGCAGUUUCAGAGAAGCAUGUUGCUUGUAGUGCUUUAAAAAGAAGGUUUUACCAAUUAAAGGAGCAUUUGGCUGCCAGAGAAGAAAACUUUGCUACUGAUGAAUGCUUGACUCCUACUUCUGAGAGGUUUCAAAUACCUAAGAUUGGUUUGCCUCCAGCUGCUCCAAUGAAAAGACGUUUGGUUACAGCAUUAGAAGCAGCAUCUUCUUCUACUGUUAGAGUUGCUGAGCCUUUGGUUUAUGACAUACCUGAAUUAGAGACUGUUUGGAAUCGCGCAAAUCAAGCAGAACAACCAAAGUCAAAAAAGCCUAAAUCAAGACCUUCGAAAUAUAUUGUACUUGAAAAGAGGCCUUUGGCUCUCAGAGUUACACCAACAAAUGGCCAAAGUUCAAAACAUCUAAGGGAUGCUGCUAAAAAAACCCCUGCGGCUACUAUAGGAAAACCAUUACCUACGCAUCCCCUAGAAUUAUCUCCACCUACUUACUGUGAUAAAUGUGGAGCUAAGAAGUGUGAGUUUGAAACUCUACAUUUUUGUUGUGGCAAUGGUGAUAUUAAAAUAGCUGAAAAUGAAUAUCUCCCUGAAUUAGUAAGGCUUUUUACUUCAAGAGAUGAAGAUGCUCUGCAUUUUAGAAGAUAUGCUCGAUUAUACAAUAACUUAUUUGCUUUUAGUUCAAUUGGAGGUAAGACUAAUAGAGAAACAUACAAAGGUAUAUAUGUCUUUAAACUACAUGGCCAAAUAUAUCAUUCUGUACCAGACUUAUUACCAGAUGAGAAUGGUCCAAAGUAUCUGCAGCUUUAUUUCUAUGAUGGCCAAAAUAAAUUGAAACACAGAACAGACUGCUUUCCUGAAUUAAGACAGGAUGUUAUUGACAAAUUAAUGCAAAUAACUAAAGAUAAUCCAUAUGCAAGAUUUUUCCGCUCUUUGAAAGAAGUAAAUUUUGAUGAGCGUACUAACAUUAUAAUAAAUUCAAACACUGUACCAGAUCAAAGGGUAUAUAAUGCUCCCACUUCAGAUGAAGUUGUUGUUAUCUGGCCUGAUAGUGUUUCGUCAAGUCAGAGUUCAUGGCCGCAUAUUCUUGUAACAGCAAAGUCUUCAAAAUCCCAUCGGAUUGCCCAUUUUUAUGGGUGUUAUGAUCCUUUGCAUUAUCCCCUGCUAUUCUUAAGAGGCGAAUGUGGUUGGCAUCAGGGUUUAAAGAAAACUUCUUAUGGUGGAGAUAGAUAA